AUGCAGAUAUUAAUUUUGUGGUCACUAUUAGGACUACUUGUGACCAAAGUAAGUGUUGCUACUACAACUAUUUCAACACCAACAACCUUGUCCGGUGAUCAAACGUUUUCUGAUGAUAUCGUAAUUGAAUCAGGGGCUACUCUCGCAUUAGUAUCUGGUUCAUCAUAUUCCUUCAAUGGUAAUAUUGAUGUUAAAGGUUCUUUAGACAUCAUCGGUGAUUCAACAAACGGGUUAACUAGUCUACAAUUUGGUUCUACUACAACAAUUACAAACAGUGGUAACAUCAACAUUGAGAAUAUUAAAUCUGCAGGUUCUGCUAGUGAUUUUGUUAUUGCACCUGCAAGUAUUGAUAACUCUGGUACAUUUACUGUUUCACAAUUAAAUGCUGCCGCUACUGUACCAGGUACCAAUUUUACUUUAGCUCCAACUGGCUCCUUCAUUAAUACAGGUACAAUUGACUAUGAUACGGCUGGUAAAGGAGGCACUACAAAUGGAUUCCUUUACCUUGGUACUAUAACUAAUAAUGGUAUCAUUAAUUCUGGUGGAUUUUCAGCACUAACAUCUGAUGGACUUUAUAGCACUCAUAGUAGAUACAAAAUGAGAGGUAUUAUCUUCAAUAAUCCUAUUGAAGGUAAAGGUGUAGUUACUGGUAAUGCUGGAGCUACAAUUCUUCUUAACACAGAUAUUCUAGGAGGACAAACUUUUAGUAUCAACAAGGCUAUGUAUUUAAUUAAUCCAAAAAUUGUACCAAGUUCACUUAAAAUUGUAAAUUUUGUCUAUUCUGCAAUAGUAUUCUUAGGUAUAGAUUUUCAACAAUGGAUUAAUGAAAAUUUUGGUGCAGUGAAAGGCACCAUGCAAAUUAAUUAUGGGGUAGAUGGCCACCAGUACUGGUUUAAUUCAAGUUGUCCAUAUGGCUAUGUAACAAACCAAAUAUCUUUUAGUGUUGUGCCAUCUGAUCCUAAAUAUCAACUUGAUGGUACCUUCGUAUUAAUUACUCAACAAUUGAGCGGUGACCAAUGUACAUGGUUAUCUGAACCAGUUAUUAAGACAACAACAGUUACCACUGUAGAUUCUAUUACUAAAGCUACCACUAUUUCAACUUUAACAAUAUCUACGACUAACCAGUAUUUCUAUACUGUGCCUGAAUUCAUUUAUGAAGUUGCUGUACCUGCAUUAUCUACUACCUACACUACUCUUACUACAUCGAUUGCCACCCCUACUACAUCAAUAUAUACCACAACUGUUACCGACACAGAAGGAUCUGUCACCGAAGAAGUUGUAGUUGUUGUCCAAACACCACCAUUAUCUACAUCCUACACAACUAUAACAUAUCCUGUUACUGCCCCAACCUCAUCCACAUUCACGGCAACUGUUACCGAUACAGCUGGAUCUAAAACUGAAAAAGUUGUUGUUAUUGUUCUCACCCCACCUCCAUCCACUUCCUACACCACUAUUACUAGUCGAUUCGCAUUUCCAAAAACAUCUACCUAUACCACCACACUUGUUGACAACAAUGGUUCUUCAUCCCCAGAAGUUGUUGUGGUUGUUGUCACCCCGCCUCCACUCACUAUCCACACCUCUACUACUUCGGACAUCGAGGAACCAACUAGUACUACCUACACUACCACAGUUCUUGAUAUCCAAGGCUCUCCAUCUCCAGAAGUUGUUGUGGUUUAUAUCAACCCAUCUCGAUCUACUUCUUACACCAUUUCUACUGCAGAUGUUACAGAACCAACCACAUCUACUUACACCACCACAAUCACUGAUAGCAACGGAUCUUUAACUAGUGAGGUUGUUAUUCUUGUGAUUACACCAACGCCAUCUACUACUUACACUACUACUACCGCAGAUAUUGCAGAACUAACAACCACCACGUACACUACAACAUAUAUUGAUGGUGACGCUUCUUCAACUGCUGAGAUUGUUGUUGUAGUGAUCACUCCAUUGUCACCCACCAUCUACACAACUACUACUGCAGAUGUCACAAAACUAACUACAACUACAUACACCACUAAGGUUACUGAUAGCAACGGGUCUUCAUUUUCAGAGGUUGUUGUUGUAGUUGUCACUCCAUCCCCAUCUACUUCCUACACUACUAUUACUGCAGAUAUUUCUACCUCAACCACAACUACUUACACAACCACUGUUACUGACAGCAAUGGCUCUUUAUCCCCAGAGGUUGUUAUUGUAGUGAUUACACCGUCUCCAUCUACCUCCUACACUACCACCACUGCGGAUGUUUCUGCUCCAAUCACAACUACUUACACUACUACCAUCACAGAAAGCAAUGGCUCUUCAUCCCCAGAGGUUGUUGUUGUUGUGGUUACUCCAGCUCCAUCUACUAUUUACACUACAACUACAGGUCCAGUUUCUGCCCCAACCACAACUACUUACACAACCACUGUUACUGACAGCAAUGGCUCUUUAUCCCCAGAGGUUGUUGUUGUUGUGGUUACUCCAGCUCCAUCUACUAUCUACACUACUACCACAGGUCCAGUUUCUGCCCCAACCACAACUACUUACACUACUACAGUUGUUGAUAGCAAUGGGUCUUUAUCCCCAGAGGUUGUUGUUGUAGUGAUUACACCAUUUCCAGCUACCUCCUACACUACUACUACUGCGGAUAUUUCUGCCCCAACUACAACUACUUACACCACUACUAGCACAGACAGUAACGGCUCUUUAUCCCCAGAGGUUGUUAUUAUAGUGAUUACACCGUCUCCAUCUACCUCCUACACUACCACCACUGCGGAUGUUUCUGCUCCAACUACAACCACCUACACAACCACUGUCACUGACAGCAAUGGCUCUUCAUCCCCAGAGGUUGUUGUUGUUGUAAUCACCCCAUCUCCAAGUGGCCCAACUAUCUACACUACAACUACAGGUCCAGUUUCUGCCCCAACCACAACUACUUACACAACCACUGUUACUAACAGCAAUGGCUCUUCAUCCCCAGAGGUUGUUGUUGUUGUAAUCACCCCAUCUCCAAGUGGCCCAACUAUCUACACCACUACAACUACAGGUCCAGUUUCUGCCCCAACCACAACUACUUACACAACCACUGUUACUAACAGCAAUGGCUCUUCAUCCCCAGAGGUUGUUGUUGUUGUAAUCACCCCAUCUCCAAGUGGCCCAACUAUCUACACCACUACUACUGCGGAUGUUUCUGCUCCAACUACAACCACCUACACAACCACUGUCACUGACAGCAAUGGCUCUUCAUCCCCAGAGGUUGUUGUUGUUGUAAUCACCCCAUCUCCAAGUGGCCCAACUAUCUACACCACUACUACUGCGGAUGUUUCUGCUCCAACUACAACCACCUACACAACCACUGUCACUGAUAGCAAUGGCUCUUCCUCUCCAGAGGUUGUUGUUGUUGUAAUCACCCCAUCUCCAAGUGGCCCAACUAUCUACACCACUACAACUACAGGUCCAGUUUCUGCCCCAACUACAACCACCUACACAACCACUGUCACUGAUAGCAAUGGCUCUUCCUCUCCAGAGGUUGUUGUUGUUGUAAUCACCCCAUCUCCAAGUGGCCCAACUAUCUACACUACAACUACAGGUCCAGUUUCUGCCCCAACCACAACUACUUACACAACCACUGUUACUAACAGCAAUGGCUCUUCAUCCCCAGAGGUUGUUGUUGUCGUAGUCACCCCAUCUCCAAGUGGCCCAACUAUCUACACCACUACUACUGCGGAUGUUUCUGCUCCAACUACAACCACCUACACAACCACUGUCACUGAUAGCAAUGGCUCUUCCUCUCCAGAGGUUGUUGUUGUUGUAAUCACCCCAUCUCCAAGUGGCCCAACUAUCUACACCACUACUACUGCGGAUGUUUUUGCUCCAACUACAACCACCUACACAACCACUGUCACUGAUAGCAAUGGCUCUUCCUCUCCAGAGGUUGUUGUUGUUGUAAUCACCCCAUCUCCAAGUGGCCCAACUAUCUACACUACAACUACAGGUCCAGUUUCUGCCCCAACCACAACUACUUACACAACCACUGUUACUAACAGCAAUGGCUCUUCAUCCCCAGAGGUUGUUGUUGUCGUAGUCACCCCAUCUCCAAGUGGCCCAACUAUCUACACCACUACUACUGGUGAUGUCUCUGCCUUGACCACAACUACUUACACAACCACUGUUACUGACAGCAAUGGCUCUUCAUCCCCAGAGGUUGUUGUUGUUGUAAUCACCCCAUCUCCAAGUGGCCCAACUAUCUACACCACUACUACUGCGGAUGUUUCUGCUCCAACUACAACCACCUACACAACCACUGUCACUGAUAGCAAUGGCUCUUCCUCUCCAGAGGUUGUUGUUGUUGUAAUCACCCCAUCUCCAAGUGGCCCAACUAUCUACACCACUACAACUACAGGUCCAGUUUCUGCCCCAACCACAACUACUUACACAACCACUGUUACUAACAGCAAUGGCUCUUCAUCCCCAGAGGUUGUUGUUGUUGUAAUCACCCCAUCUCCAAGUGGCCCAACUAUCUACACCACUACUACUGCGGAUGUUUCUGCUCCAACUACAACCACCUACACAACCACUGUCACUGAUAGCAAUGGCUCUUCCUCUCCAGAGGUUGUUGUUGUUGUAAUCACCCCAUCUCCAAGUGGCCCAACUAUCUACACUACAACUACAGGUCCAGUUUCUGCCCCAACCACAACUACUUACACAACCACUGUUACUAACAGCAAUGGCUCUUCAUCCCCAGAGGUUGUUGUUGUUGUAAUCACCCCAUCUCCAAGUGGCCCAACUAUCUACACUACAACUACAGGUCCAGUUUCUGCCCCAACCACAACUACUUACACAACCACUGUUACUAACAGCAAUGGCUCUUCAUCCCCAGAGGUUGUUGUUGUUGUAAUCACCCCAUCUCCAAGUGGCCCAACUAUCCACACCACUACUACUGGUGAUGUCUCUGCCUUGACCACAACUACUUACACAACCACUGUUACUGACAGCAAUGGCUCUUUAUCCCCAGAGGUUGUUGUUGUUGUGGUUACUCCAGCUCCAUCUACUAUCUACACCACUACUACUGUGGAUAUUUCUUCUCCAAUCACAACUACUUACACCACUACCAUCACAGACAGUAACGGCUCUUCAUCCGCUGAAGUUGUUGUAGUAGUGAUCACCCCAUCUCCAUCUAAUAGCUUUAUAACAUCAUCAAUUUCUGUACCAUCUCCUCUCUACAGAAACUCCACAAUUUCUGGUGAAAAAACUGAACCUAUUUUGACUGACACUUUAGUUGUUUUAACUACGGUUAUUAAUGGAAUUACUGUGACCACAACUUAUUGUCCAGAAUCAUCUGCAACUUCUGAAACAGGUAUGACUGCGAUCAUUGGACACAGUUCUAUUGAAUCUGUUUAUACUGAUUCAAGGAACCAACAAGAAGAGACUAACUCAUUUACUACGGCUACAAAUGUGACUCCGGCUGCUUCUAUUACUUCUACCACCACUGGUCCAGCAUUUACAAACAGUGAAAAUCAACUGACAUCUAAGAACUCCAGAGCAUCGACGACGACUGUUAUUGGAUCCACAAGGGGUAAAGCAGACGUUACUUCAGAAACUGGUACUGCUGUCAGUACUGUCGAAUCUAGAAGACCAGAAACAUCACCAACCACAAUGGUAUCACAAGUUUCCCAAUAUAUUCCUGAGCAAUUAUCCUCAUCAUCGACUGGUGUUACAGUACCUCAUGAAGGUGUACCUUCUCUUGUGUCAUAUGAAGGUAAGGGUGGUACUAUGUACGUGAAAUGGAGUAUUGCCCAUUGCAUUGGUUUAUUAUUAUUCAUAGUAAUUUAA